UUUGCCAGGCACAUAUCGCCUUGCAUCAUGACUGUAACAGCUGAAACAGCCGAGAACCCCCGAGACAACCCCUGAAGCCUUCAGUUCCUCCUACGCGCUAGCACCGCGAAGUUAACAUUCAACCUCUUGGAUCACAUUCGACAAUACAUAUCAAAACAGAAGCGCUAUUGGGCUGGCCCCUUCAAACUUGGGUCGAGAUUCAUAUAACUACAUACAUACGGUUGUAGUCGUCGAGAAAUUUUAAAUCAGGUCGUGUAAUCACACGUUGAGCCACCGCCAUAAUGCGCAUUUUCACCAAGAUCACUCUUUUCCUCCUGGCUCUCGGCGUCGCCAAACUCAACACCUACACAAAUUCGCCACAUCUCACACUCGCAGAGUCACAUGUACUCAAAGCCAUUACAUAUGGAGUCGGUAGCGGGCUUCUUAUAAACACCGUCUGUGGAAUAGCGGCUCCGAGCAUCGAUCCAGAGAUUUCUUCAUCUGACAGCUUCAUGAGUUGUGCGCCUUUCGGCAUGGCUGGCACUCUUAUCGUGGCGAGAGUCUACGUCUUUACGACUGGUGGAUGGGGUAUGGAGCACUGGUGGUAUCUGAAUCACUUGCCGAGGAGAGUUGAAAACGGCAUCAGGAAUAUUAUAGGUGUUCAGCAAAGGCCAUUGCCAUCGAACCCGCUCAGACAAGUCAAGUCGAGAGAAUCAGAGUCAGUGGCAGAUCACAGCGAACUCUAGCUUCUGGCUGUUUUGCAGUUCUGUAACUUCUACCACAAGCGUCAUAUUUGGGCAGCUUUGAGCUCGUCUCGCCGCCUUUUUCCGAGGAAGAGGUCUCUGUAUGUCUUGACGCGGAGUCAAAACAAAGAGGAAAGUUAUUUUACAAUGCACAACGGGAAGCACAAUUCAUCAAGGAUAAGGCGGAUGAACAAAAACAUUGGGAAUUAUAUAAUUAUAUCACCUCACACUGAAUCAUACGAUAAUUAGCAUGGGUAGUCUUGCUUCGCCUGGUUUACAAUGAAACCAUACCUUGGCCAUUACCACAUCGAUUGUUUCCUUUGAACUCACUUAUCUAUGAUAAGAGGUCGGGG